AUGGCCGAUCUCCACUUUCGCAUCGCAACACUAAACGAUGCACCAUCCAUUCAACAACUCGUGCAAUCUGCAUUCCGUGCAGAGGAUUCCCGAAAAGAUUGGACCGCAGAUAUGGAGCUGGGAAAAAGCUUCACAGUCUCCGUCGAGGAGGUGAAAACAGUCAUCACCAACCCCGACAGUGUCAUUCUCCUUGCUUUCACCAAAGAUAAUGAUCAAGAAAUCCUCGUGGCUUCGAUGGAUACUGUCAAGCGCCCGAAUAAUAGUGCGCGCUUUUCGAUGGUUGCUGUGAACCAGAAUUACCAGCAGGCAGGGGUUGGUCGGCGUGCUCUUGCUUACGCGGAAGAAUACUCACAACAGACGUGGGGCGUGACUACGUUGGGGUUGAAUGCGCUUUCAACGCGACAAGAGCUGAUUGCUUGGUACUUGCGUCAAGGGUACCGAAAGACUGGUGAGGAGUCGCCUUUUCCCACGGAGAAAUUUCCUCAUUUGGAUUUGCCGGAGGAUAUGUGUUUUGUGGAGAUGGAGAAGCAGCUGGCUUGA